AUGGAUGCUGCAUCAAAACUGGAGAGGCUUCCAAGUGAAGUCCUGAUUAUGAUCAUGCGAUCAAGUUCAUCCCCGAUGGAUCUCCAAUCUGUCAUCAAAGCAUCGCCCGUCAUGUUCCAACAUUACCUUGUCCACCGUUCCCACAUAAUGGCGCUUACCAUCCAUCGAAUGAAAACAUCCUACUCAGCCCUAAAUUCUGGAAAGAAUUUGAUUCAGAGUAUAAAUACCCUCCCAUAUCGGAUGCUGGGUAAUACUCAUGGGCCUGCUGUCAGACAUGAGGCGUGUUACACGAAAUGGGGAAGUCACCUACCCUUAAUCUGCGAGCUUUACCGCCAGAGAGAAGAAGCAGACCAUCUCAUCACAGAAUAUUCAAUGGAAGCAUGGAAGAAUUUCCUAGUGUCGGAAGAACAGGACAGGCUCCAACUGGAUCUAGCUUCCAAGCGGGACCCAAUCGUGGACAGACCAUUGGUCCUUUCCGAACAAGAGACAUACACCUUUGAACGUGGCUUUCUUUUAUAUGAAGCUUGGCGACUCCAAAUGCAUUCUGAUGGCCCGAAUGAUCUUGAGGGUCUCGGUGCUCUUAAGUGUCUUGACAGUCGCAACGUCCCAGGGCCGCACCCGAACUGCAUGAGUCCCUGGUGGGCAAUAUCCGAUGACAGACUUUACCUCCAUUCGAUAUUGAGCUUUGUCUUUGGCAAGUUCAGAACCCUGGUACAAUCAGUCACACAACAGCUCCGGAAAAGUCCCUCCCGGUCACCGAUCAUGUCAAGCUCUGAGGAUAACCAGACAUCAGCGGCGUUCUUACAUAUGACCAAGGCCCAAGAACUGAGGUACAUCAGGUCUCUGUGCUUGCGCGGCUAUGUCGUGUUGCAGAACCUGCGACAGAUGAAGGAGGAGGAGUUGCAGAACUAUGUGCUCUCAAGCUAUUUUGAGUUUGAAAACCAGGAGGCAAGGCUUUACUCAUCUGCAGAGAGGGCAGAAAAACGCUGUGUCGAUUUGAACAUAGCAUGCCGACUGUAUGGGCUAUUUGUAGAGGACGGUCCAAUGCUUAGCUGCUUUACGGAAGGCCGUUACUUUUGGGAUGACAGUCGAAAAUUAAAAGUGCGAGCCUGA